AUGGGGAAUUCACCUAACCACAUCAAAUUUAGCUUAAAGGCCACUGGUCAGCUGCAGUCUCCCGCCCUCACGUGGCUCUCAAAUGAGCCACGCUUGGUAUCCCAGUGGCCUCUACAGGGAGAAAAACUGCGGCAAGUAAACUUACUAGUUGAUGAACAAUUGGAAAAGGGACAUUUAGUACCAACAGAUAGUCCCUGGAACUUCUCCAUUUUCACAAUACAAAAAUCAAGUGGAAAAUGGAGGUUACUACAGGACUUAAGGGAACUUAAUAAAAUCAUAGAGCCCAUGGGAGCUCUCCAGCCUGGGCUCCCCACAAUGAUACCCUCAGAAUGGCCCAUCAUCAUUAUAGACAUCAAAGACUGUUUCUUUAACAUCGCUUUACACCCUAAAGACUCUCGUAGGUUUGCAUUCACAGUACCCUCCAUCAACGCAGCAGAACCAUCUCAACACUAUCACUGGACCAUCCUACCUCAAGGAAUGAGAAAUAGCCCCUCUGUGUGCCAGAGAGUCAUCGCAGAGGUCUUGCCUUCAAUUCGUUGGCAGUUUCCCCAGACCAUCCUGUACCACUACAUAGACGACAUCCUACUGGCUGCUGAAUCCAAGGAGCAACUCGCACAACUUCAUCGGACUGUGAAAGCUACUCUAUCAAGACACGGCCUUGAGGUUGCACCGGAAAAAGAACAAAUGACAAUGCCAUGGAAGUACCUAGGAUAUCACAUCAAUAACACCACGACUGGGGGCCCCCUCGUGGUCUAG